GAGAAAGAGAAAAAAACCCAAGGCUUGCGUCGUUCACGUCAAAGAUUUCGUUCGUUCGGACACAUCACUAUUCUGAAGCAGUGUGUUGAUCUCUUUGGCACACGCACCGGAGCGUCAGCUUCAAGCGGACCAUCACUACCUCUCACGUCUAAAGCAGGAGGAGAAGAGUCUGACGGAGCAGCAGAGGAACAUUUUCAGCUACUUGGACUCAGCUCAGCCACUACAGAGAAAACAAUGAGCUCAACACAGAAGGACCGACAUGGACCAAGAAGUCAGCGCUCUCAGGAGGCCGACAAACCUCACAGAAGAAAGAGAGAGAAAACAUACAGCUGUGACGAGUGUGGGAAGGAUUUUGCUGUGAAGGCUAAACUAAAACUUCAUCAGGUCAUCCACACUGGAGAGAGACCGUUCAGCUGUGACUUGUGUGGAAAGUCUUUUUCCAGGAAGGAUUCCCUAAAACAACACCAACUCAUCCACAGUGGAGUUAAAGCGUACAGCUGUGACGAGUGUGGCAGAGCUUUUACCCGCAGUAGCCACUUACAGAGUCAUCUAGUUACCCACUCUGGAAUUAAGGCAUACAGCUGUGACUUGUGUGGAAAGUCUUUUUCCAGCAAGGGUUACCUAAAACAACACCAACUCAUCCACAGUGGAGUUAAAGCGUACAGCUGUGAUCAGUGUGGCAGAGUUUUUACUCACAGUAGCAGCUUAAAGACUCAUUUACUUAUCCACUCUGGAAUUAAGGCAUACAGCUGUGACGAGUGUGGGAAGGAGUUUACUGAGAAGGCUAAACUAAAACUUCAUCAGGUCAUCCACACUGGAGAGAGACCGUUCAGCUGUGACUUGUGUGGAAAGUCUUUUUCCAGGAAGGAUUCCCUAAAACAACACCAACUCAUCCACAGUGGAGUUAAAGCGUACACCUGUGAUCAGUGUGGCAGAGCUUUUACUCACAGUAGCAGCUUACAGAGUCAUCUAGUUACCCACUCUGGAAUUAAGGCAUACAGCUGUGACGAGUGUGGGAAGGAUUUUGCUAUGAAGGCUAAACUAAAACUUCAUCAGGUCAUCCACACUGGAGAGAGACCGUUCAGCUGUGACUUGUGUGGAAAGUCUUUUUCCAGGAAGUCUCACCUACAACAACACCAACUCAUCCACAGUGGAGUUAAAGCGUACAGCUGUGAUCAGUGUGGCAAAGCUUUUACUCACAGUAGCAGCUUAAAGAAUCAUUUACUUAUCCACUCUGGAAUUAAGGCAUACAGCUGUGACGAGUGUGGGAAGGAGUUUACUGAGAAGGCUAAACUAAAACAGCAUCAGAUCAUCCACACUGGAGAGAGACCGUUCAGCUGUGACUUGUGUGGAAAAUCUUUUUCUUUGAAGAUUUCCCUAAAACAACACCAGCUCAUCCACAGUGGAGUUAAAGCGUACAGCUGUGAUCAGUGUGGCAGAGCUUUUACUCAAAGGGUUCACUUACAGAGGCAUCUAGUUACCCACUCUGGAAUUAAGGCAUACAGCUGUGACAUCUGUGGAAAAACUUUCAGCCAGAGAGGGCACCGAAAUACACACCUACGCAUUCACACCAGACAUGAUGUGUACUGCUGUGAACAAUGUAGCAAAGAGUUUACAACAGACGAAAAGUUACAACGACACAUGUUUACCCACACUGAGGGAAGACCUUAUAAAUGUGACCUGUGUGAGAAGACUUUUAAAUCUCCACAUUACCUGAGACGACACCAACAGAUCCACACCAGAAAGAGACUCUACAAGUGCAGUUACUGUGAGAAGCAGAGCGACACAGAAGGAUCCAGUUCUCAACCCUGUCAUCACUGUGGUGGUGGGAAAGACUUUCGUUGUGACCUCUGUGGAAAAACUUUCAGUUGUCAAGCUGACCUUAAAACACAUCAACAUAGACACACUGGAGACAAACUGAAAUACUGCAAAGAAUGUGGGAGAAGCUUCACCACAUCACGUGACUUAAAACGACAUGAACUGAUUCACAGUGGGGUUAAAAAGCACCUCUGUGAUCAGUGUGGGUCAUCCUUCACCACUGCAGGUGACCUUAAAACACACAAACGAGUCCACACAGGAGAGAAAACCACACAAGCACACAAAACCACAGAAACAUCAGCUGUAUAUGAUCACUCAGGGCUGAAAUCACUCCCAUCACUGGAUCACGGUGAAUCUGAAGAGACAGAAAGAUCCUCUGGUUUCAGA